CAUAUAGAAUAAGAAAACAAGAGGAAUAUACAUUUAGAGAAGACUAGAAUAUAUGGGGGGGAUUGUGUACACUUGAAAACGUUGGGAGCGUUCAACAGUGUAAAUACGUUCUGAUGGAUGUAAUAAGGAAAUACUGAAUGGUUUAGUUUAUAUAAGAUAUGUGGGGAUUUAUGUUAUGCAAAUUGAACCAUGGAAGGAGAAAAGGGGAAGUCACUGAUAUUUUAAGGUUGUUUAAAUGAAUAUUCUAAAAUGUAAAAUAAAAAGCAAUAAACAUUAUAUAAUUUCUCUCUCUCUCAUGAUGCUGUAAUGUUUGUGUGCUUCGUUCUGCCAAAAUCUCGGAGGGAGAACAUUGCCACUUCCAACAGGCUCCCCCACUUUCCUGAGAUUCUAUGUGUAUGUUGAGGCUCCCCCCCCCCUUGAGGCUUUAUGUUAUUGUUGUAAAGCUUGUUGUUAUUAUUACAAGCAGCUCCCCUUUAGUCCUGCCCUGCCCUAUUCCGCCUCUUUCCAUGACAUUUUCAUGCUGCUUCCUGGUCCAUGUGACAGGUUGUGUGUCACUGGGAGGUUUGCCUGUUAACUCUGCUCCAGGACAAGUUACAUCAGUGGUAAAAUUCCAUAUUGGAAAGAGUUAAAACUAAUGACAGUCACAGGGAUGGGAUGGGUCUGGAUUGUCUCAGGUGUCAGAGGCCUUGGUAAAGAGGGAAAGGAGCCAGACACGCCUCGGUGGGGAGGGAAUUCCCCAAGGGGGAUCUGCCCCCAGGAUGGCCUCUCUUGGGCCACUCCAAACUCCAAACUCUGAGGGUGUUGAACCUACCUAGAGGGGCCCCUCUGCCAACCCUCCAACCCAAGAGGGUCAGUAGGGAACGAGUGGGAAUCCCUCAUGUGAGCACCUUGAAUUGAGCCCAGUGUCAAAAUUACACCCCAUACAAAUUACUCACCUGCCAAUCUCAGUUUGACGCCAUUCAUUCAUUGAGAACACUGAAAGGAAGGCACAAGGAGGCUGAUUCAGUUGUAGGAAAUCCCUUCUGUUACCUGCACAUUUUGCUUAAUAACUUUCCUUCCAAGAGGUAGAAACUUACAUCUUACUUUUUAUUUUAUUUUUUGCAGCAGAAAGCUCAGAGUCUGGGAUGUGGAGUCCAGCAAGACAGCUCCAUUCUUCUUCGGGGAACCUCUUUAUUCUCCAGACCAUGUAUGAAUUUUAUUAUGGUACAUUGUAUUUCUUUUUGUAGAAUUUGCUAGCGGCUCUCCUUAGGACAGACAGAACUUGGCAGAAGACCAAAGGAUUCCUUCCUGUCACUUGGAGGCUCCCUGAAAGCCCAGAUGGAUGAGCCAGACUCAGCUGGCACUGAAGCAGGAAGAGGUUAUGCUAUCAAAACUGAGAGCAGUGGGGCAUUAUGGGAAAACUCUGUGCAGAAGAUCCUGGGUGAGGAGGACACUCUCUGCUCAGAUGUGCAGAGCCAGCAGUUCAGGCAGUUCUGCUACCAGGAGGCCAAAGGACCCAGAGAGGUUUGUGGUCGAUUCUACCACCUUGACCAUCAGUGGCUGAAACCAGAAAGGCACACAAAAGCUGAGAUGCUGGACCUGGUGAUCUUGGAGCAGUUCCUGGCUGUCCUUCCCCCGGAGAUGGAGAGCUGGGUGAGGGAAUGUGGAGCGGAGACCAGUUCCCAGGCGGUGGCCCUGGCCGAAGGUUUCCUCCUGAGUCAGGCAGAGGAGAGGAAGCAGGCAGAGCAGCAGGGAAAGGAUCCAUUUGCAGAAAUGGGCUUAGAUUCCUCUGAGGCAGAGAGGACCCCGUUGGACACCAGAGAGAGGCCUCUGGGUAAGGAGGAAUGUGUCUGGAGGCAGUUGGAGGAUGGAUGGCGGCUAACAGAUUGAGGUUGAAUCCUGACAAGACAGAAGUACUGUUUUGGGGAAUGGGGUGGGCAGGUGUGAGGGACUCCCUGGUCCUGAAUGGGGUAACUGUGCCCCUGAAGGACCAGGUGCGCAGCCUGGGAGUCAUUUUGGACUCAUAGCUGUCCAUGGAGGCACAGGUUAAUUCUGUAUCCAGGGCAGCAGUUUAUUAGCUCCAUCUGGUACACAGGCUGAGACCCUACCUGCCCACGGACUGUCUCGCCAGAGUGGUGCAUGCUCUGGUUAUCUCCUGCUUGGACUACUGCAAUGCGCUCUACAUGGGGCUACCUUUGAAGGUGACCCAGAAACUGCAAUUAAUCCAGAAUGCGGCAGCUAGACUGGUGACUGGGAGCGGCCACAGAGACCACAUAACACAGGUUCUGACAGACCUUCAUUGGCUUCCAGUACGUUUCCAAGCACAAUUCAAAGUGUUGGUGCUGACUUUAAAAGCCCUAAACGGCCUCUCCACCCCCAUAUCUUAGCCAGGACGCUGAGGUCCAGCUCCGAGGAUCUUCUGGCAGUUCCCUCCCUGCAAGAAGUGAACCACCAGGGAACCAGGCAGAGGGCCUUCUCGGUAGUGGCACUCUCCCUGUGGAACACCCUCCCUUUAGAUGCCAAGGAGAUAACAAACUAUACAGCUUUUAGAAGAUAUCUGAAGGCAGCCUUGUAUCGGGAAGUUUUUAAUGUUUGUUGCUUUCUUAUGUUUUAAAUAUUCUGUGUAAGCCACACAGAGUGACUGGGGAAGCCCAGCCAGAUGGGCAGGGUAUAAAUAUUAUUAUUAUUAUUAUUAUUAUUAUUAUUAUUAUUAUUAUUAUUAUGUAUUUGUACACAGCUAAAAUACGAAAUGGCUACAAACAGCCCAAUGCAUGAAGCAGGUGAGGCUUUUUCUAUGGCCAAGCUGUAGUUAGAGCUGCCCUGCUUCACUCAUGGCUUCCUACUUACC